AUGGCACUUCGAGAUCCAUUAUUGACGGAAUUGAAAGGUAUUAUAUUAAGCUUAAAAAAUGAGAAACAGAUUAUGAAAGACUGUAACCCAAAAGUACAGCUUUUUUGUGAAACAUUGGAAAAAAUUUACCGAAAGGGCCUGAAGCAACCUGGUUCCAUAUUUGGUCUUAUUAGAAGAGAUUAUUGGUGUUGGAUUGAAGCAUUACCUCAUUAUACAUGGAAUGAUAAAAUAAAUCCUCUGUUUUCCUUGGCCCUUGAAACCUGUCAAAAUUCUUCCAAGGUGAGAACUCACCAAGGAAAAGGCAGAUGUUUUCUAAGAUUGUCAUUAAUGAAAAAGAUUAUUAAUGUGCCAAUUAGUCAACUAUUAAAAAAUCCCAAACUUACAGAGUACUGGUAUGAUCCAUCUACUUCUAUCAUAGCAAAUGAAUUAUUAAAAGAAUCGUUAAUGUCAAUGCUGUUCCUUGUAACGGACAUUGAUUUUGAACUAAAUAUUAAGAAUGCAAGUUUUUUAGAUGAAACAUGGCAGAUACCUGUGUAUAAACACUAUGAAUUAGUACCAUGUCGAGAUUUAGGUAUUAUUGUCAGACAUAUCAAAAAUAGAAUCAUGUUGGCAGAUGUUAAACCUGGUAGUGUUGCCGGUGAAGAUGAUAAAUUAGAACCAGGCGAUAUAAUAGAUGAACUAUUUGGUGAAAGUAUGUAUGGAGCUAGUAAAGGCAAGAUAUCUAAACUGAUGUGUGAUCAUGAAGGUUGGCCAAUUUAUAUUUCUGUCGUUAAGUGUCAUCUGUUAAAUGGUAAAAUAUUUUCCCCAAUACAUGAAAGACUUGCAGUGUUGCGUAAAGAAUAUGCAAACUUUAAAGAGCCUAAGGAGAGAGAACCAAUAAAGAAAAAAAUUCCCUCACAUGCACAGCUGCCAAGAGACGCUCUAGAUGAGGUUCCUAUUUCUAGUCCAGAAGGAAGUGCUGGUUACAGAGUAAAAUAUAUAGAUAAGGUACAUGUUGGAAAGGAAGGUGGUGUAAAUCUAAUAGAAGGAUCUAUUAACUCAGUUAUCAAACAAAAAGAAAUAAAUCCAAAGGAUGUUUGGCUAGAAUUAGCUGAAACAGAUAUUAUAAUUAAAAAUCUAGAGACACGAAAUACUGAAUUGAAGCAUUCCUACACUGAGAUAUCUUCAUGUGGUAGGAGAACAGAUGCACUGACUUACUUUGCCUAUAUUGCUGGGGACACAACAUGUACUAUUUCUAAAUCAUUUGUAUGUUAUGUUUUUAAAUCUCAAACUGAGGAAGAGGAAGAGUACGAGGCACCAAAAAUACCAGUUGAAUUGCCAACAUUUACAAGUCAUGACACUCCACACUAUUGGCCAGUAUUUGGAAAAGAAAUAAGAAAAAAACACUUUUUACUUGAAGACUUUACUUUUCUGAAUCAUGGAGCAUUUGGUGCAGCCCUGAAAGAUGCAGUAGACGCUAAGCAUCAAUGGCAGUACUACAUAGAACGGCAGCCUGUCAGAUUCAUGGAUAGAGAUGUUUUACCACAUCUUGUUUGUAUCACAAGAAAGUUAGCACAAUUUGUUGGUUGUGAUAAAGCUGAUAUAGUACUGGUUUCUAAUGCUACAACGGCAAUGAACAGCGUAAUAAAAAGUAUUAAAUUUAAACCAGGUGACAUAAUAUAUUGCUUAAAUACUACAUAUGGUGCAGUAAAAAAAUUAUUGAAAUUCAUCAGUGAAGAAACUGGUGCUGUUAUUCAGGAAGAAACUUUAGAGUUUCCACUGUCUGAAGAAAGCGAGAUUAUUAAUAAGGUGAAAGCAACUCUCAGUCCUGGAACACGCCUUGCUGUAUUUGAUCAUAUCCCAAGCAAUACUCCAUUUAUUAUGCCUAUCAAAGAACUUGUAGAAAUUUGCCAUGCAAGAGACGUUCCUGUGUUAGUAGAUGGGGCACAUUCUCUAGGAAGUUUAUCACUGAAUAUAGUGGAUAUUGGAGCAGAUUAUUAUGUGACAAAUGCACAUAAAUGGUUUUGUGCUCCAAAGGGAUGUGCUUUUCUUUAUGUUAGGAAAGAAUUGCAACAAACCGUCAGACCAUUGGUUGUAUCACAUGGUUUUGGAAGUGGAUUUAGCGCUGAAUAUAUGUGGCCAGGAUUAAUAGAUUUCACCUCCUUCCUAUCACUUUAUACUGUGUUAGACUUCUGGAACUCUGUUGGACCUGAUAAAAUAAGGCACUACAUACAUUCACUAGCGAAACAAGCAGCUGAAUUACUUUUGGAUAAAUGGAAAACUAAACUUAUUGCUCCUAUGCACAUGUUUGGAAGCAUGGUACCCAUCAAAGCUAUUCAGAAUGAACUAUAUGUCAGAAUUUCUGCUCAUAUCUAUAAUGAUAUCUGUGAAUAUGAGGUGCUCAGAGAUGCCGUGACGCAAUUAACAACAAAUUAG